CGUCGUCCGGCCCGCAACCAAAUCGCACCCGCCCAACCGAGCCCCGGCUCUGCGAGCGACAGCUCUAAACUCAAAUUCCUUCUUGCAGUAGCCUUUAUUUUUAAAAUUCUACCUUUUCCCUUUUUACUUUCUUCAAUUCUCCCCGACGGAGUCUUCAUUAAUUCUCUCUCCGUAGUUUAGCGGUAGUAUUGCGUCUGCAAUCUAGGGUUUCCAGGGUUCUUCGAGAAGAUGGACAUCGAGCAGAAACAAGCAGAAAUGAUCGAUCACUUCGUGAAACAAGCUUCUUCACUUAAGGGUUCAGCAAUUGCUCCCCUUGUUCUGGAGGCUACUUCCAACCCUUCCCUCUUUGCCUUCUCAGAGAUUCUCGCUGUGCCUAGCGUCGCCGAGCUUGAAAGGACUGAGAGUGCCACGCUGCUUGAUACGCUUCGGUUGUUUGCACAUGGCACAUGGAGUGAUUACAAGGGUAAUAUGGCUCGUCUUCCACAGUUGGUUCCUGACCAAAUACUCAAGCUGAAGCAACUUACAGUCCUUACGCUGGCUGAAUCAAACAAGGUACUUCCGUAUGAUAAGCUAAUGCAGGAGUUGGAUGUUACUAAUGUUCGCGAACUUGAAGAUUUCCUCAUUAACGAGUGUAUGUAUUCGGGAAUUGUCAGAGGAAAGCUUGACCAGUUACGAAGGUGCUUGGAGGUCUGGGAUUUUGGGAAUUUCCUUACUGCUUUUUUGGUACUCUACAAUGUACAGGUACAAUUUGCGGCUGGUAGAGAUCUAAGGCCAGGACAACUUGGGAACAUGUUGCAUACUCUGUCGGACUGGUUGACUACAUCGGAUAACCUUUUAGUGUCUAUCCAAGAGAAGAUCAAGUGGGCUGAUACAAUGAGUGAAGCGGACAAGAAGCACCGCAAGGAUGUAGAAGAUAGGGUUGAAGAAGUGAAGAAGUCUCUUUCCCUCAAGGUCAGUUAAGUCCAAUUUUAUUGUUCCAAACACAGCUACGUGAACGUCGAAUGGCUGAACAUUGUACAAAAUCUGGACAAGCGACUUAGAGUCUUAUUUGGUGAAGGUUCUCUUAUUUGUUGUUUGGAGAAAGGGCUACUCUUUAGUAGCUUGUGAGAAUUACUGAUAUGUUGUUUAACCUAAUUAUCAUGAUAAUGGUUGUUAGUUGUUGUCAUAGCAGGAUGUUAUUGUUUAGUAGCUUGUGGGGUAUGUUGGUCGAUGUGUCUUACUUACAUUGUGGCAGAAGUUACACCCUGUAAGCAGGCAGAUGCCGACUUCCGAGGGCACGAAGAGAUGUACUCUGAAACCGGUGGAGUGAUGGACUAUGAGGAAGACCGAAGCCGGCCCAAGAGGAGGCGGCAUCCCAUAUCUUAAAAAAGAUUACUGUAGAUUGGACAUGGUUUACAGCAAAGUUGCUGGAGUUUUUGUUGAUGGCAUUUCCAGCUUAAGAUUGGCGGAUGAUUUUGUGGAAUAGAUGAUGAACAUUACGGCGUUACUUGGAAAUGGAUAUUUAUGAGUAUAUUAUUCCAAUCUUUCCUAAACAUUUGAAUUCAUUCCUAUCCAGUUUAGCACAGAAUUUGUAGUACAAUUUGUUGGCGCGACUAAGGAAAAAUCACUAGAGCAAAAUCUUGACAAAUACAAUUAAUCAUCGCAUCCUUUUUCUGCAGAGACCUGUAAUUAAUAAUAGUAUAUUGGCGGCUAAAUUCUGGUCACUACAGUUUGUAGUCGAAGUCAAGGCUUCAAACACAU